UUAUGCCGUAUGCAAGAUUGCCUACAAGGGGACUAAAUUUAAAUCAUCACCAUCACUCACCAAGAAUGUAUCCAAAAAGAUUUAAUUCACCGUGUCGAAGUCUGUCACCCGUAAUAGACGAUUGUGUUAAAACUCCAACUGUGCAAGUUAAUAUAAAUACAAAAGAUGAUGAAUGUUGUGAUGGAAAUUCAACAGGCCAUUGCUCAACGAACGUAUUAUGCGAUACAUGUGAAUCCCUCGGACACUGGUGUGGUAAAUGUGAACACAGAAAUUACUAUAGUGGUCGGACAGCUUGUGGUAUAGUACCAUGCAACACAUGCAUGUCACUUGGUCAUUGGUGUGGUAAAUGUGAGUAUAGAAAUUACUUCGGUGGUGGUCAUCAUGUACCAUGUAAUGCAUGCUCAUCUUUGGGACAUUGGUGUGGAAAAUGCCGGUAUAGAAAUUACUUCGGUGGUAGUCAUCAUGUACCAUGUAAUGCAUGUUCAUCCUUGGGACAUUGGUGUGGAAAAUGCCAGUAUAGAAAUUAUUUCGGUGGAAGCCAUCAUGUACCAUGUAAUGCAUGCUCAUCUUUAGGACAUUGGUGUGGAAAAUGUCAAUAUAGAAAUUACUUCGGUGGUGGUUAUCAUGUACCAUGUAAUGCAUGUGCAUCUUUAGGACAUUGGUGUGGAAAAUGCCAAUAUAGAAAUUACUUUGGUGGUAUUAAUGGUCAUCAUGUACCAUGUAAUGCAUGCUCAUCCUUGGGACAUUGGUGUGGAAAAUGUCAAUAUAGAAAUUACUUUGGUGGUGGCCAUCAUGUACCCUGUAACACAUGUUCUUCUUUGGGGCAUUGGUGUGGAAAAUGUCAAAAUAGAAAUUACUUCGGUGGUGGUCAUCAUGUACCAUGUAAUGCAUGUUCAUCCUUGGGACAUUGGUGUGGAAAAUGUCAAUACAGAAAUUACUUCGGUGGUGGUCGACACCAUAUACCAUGUAACGCAUGCUCAUCCUUGGGGCAUUGGUGUGGAAAAUGCGAAUACAGAAAUUAUUUCUAUUAUGAUAGUCCAUGUAGCACCUGCGUAUCGCUGGGACAUUGGUGUGGUAAAUGUGAUCGCAGGUCUCUUUUUACUGGUCAACAAACCAUUGUUUGUCCCUCUAUUUGUAACCAAUGCGAAUCGUUAGGACACUGGUGUGGUAAAUGCGAAAACAGGUAUUAUCGUGGUAUGGGACAAAUUGUAGCACCAUGCAACACUUGUGUAUCGAUGGGACAUUGGUGUGGUAAAUGCAAUGCCAGAAAUUAUUAUGCUGGCCGACAAAUUAUGGCACCAUGUCAUACAUGUGAAUCGCUGGGUCAUUGGUGUGGUAAAUGCGAAAACAGUCAUUACUAUGGUGGAGGACAAAUUAUAUCACCUUGCAAUACAUGUGUAUCAAUGGGGCGUUGGUGUGGUAAAUGUGAAGCCAGAAAUUAUUGCGGUAGCCAACAUACUUCAAUGUUAUGCAAUACGUGUGAAUCACUUGGACGCUGGUGUGGUAAAUGUGCACACAGGGAUUACUAUAUGAGACGAUAUAAUACAGUAGCGCUAUGUAACACAUGCGAAUCACUAGGUCACUGGUGUGGUAAAUGUGAAUAUAGCGAUUAUUAUGGUAGGCGGCGAAUGGUAGUGCCGUGCAAUACAUGUGAAUCAAUGGGUCGUUGGUGUGGUAAAUGUGAAAACAGACAUUAUUAUCAUCACGGUGGAGGGCAUAAUAUAAAUCCUUGCAAUACCUGCGUAUCACUUGGCCGUUGGUGUGGUAAAUGCGGAGCUCGAAAUUACUAUGGUGGUCAUCAUUCUUACACACCAUGUUCAACUUGCGAAUCACUUGGACAUUGGUGUGGUCAAUGUGAUAAUUCGUAUUACUACGGAGGUCGGCUGACAUCUGGGCGCUGUAUGCCUCAAGGUUGUGACGAUACUCACCAAUAUACUUCAAAUGGUCUUUAUGGUUUACCAACGCUUGAUGAUAAUCUUACAGCAUGCGGUGUAACUGUAAACCAAAAUUGUUAUACGGGAGUUGAUAAUUUUAGUCAUCAAAGUUUACCGCAGUUUUAUGGCCAUGGAUCUGAUAGUUGUAUUCCUCACGGAAACGCAUGUGAUACAAGUGCUGUUCGAUUUUCUGAUAUUACCCGUCCUUCAUCGGCACCAGAAUGUAUAUCUAUAGAUCAAUGUACUGAUGCCAUUCCUACUGAUAUAAUGGACCAAUUUUACGAUCAUUUACGUGCUGGAAGUGAUCAUAAUUUGAAGAGGGACCAGAACUCACAAAAUUCAGCAAACAGAUCACCAAAUCAUCGACAGGAACACAAUUCGUUAAGAACAUCAAAUCAACGACCAGAAAACAACACAUAUAGAGCAUUAAAUCAACGACAGGAAAACAAAUUGUAUAAAUCAUCAAAUCAACGACAAGAAGAAAAUUUGUACAUAUCACCAAAUCAACGACAAGAAGAGAAUUUAUAUAGAUCAUCAGAUCAACACCAGGAAGAAAAUCCAUACAUGUCAAACAAUCAACGGCGGGAAAACAAUUUGUAUAACUUAUCAAAUCCUUAUCAAGGAGCUAAUAACAGACAAGUACAAUUUAAAAGUGCAUAUCAGAGUACUCCAAAUUUCGCAUCCACUUCUGUAUCGCAAAAUGAUCAUAAAAGAUCACCAAAUCAAUCACAACAAGACUUUAAUAGACAUUGCACCCACAAAUUUGCACCCAAUAGUAUACACAAUAUGCAAAACGUUCAAAAUGUAUAUCAAACUGAUCAUAAAAGUGCAUCAAUGGAUUCUAACUUAUCAAAGGGUUGUUCUUAUGUAGAUAAAACGGGACACCAACUGGAAAACAGUAGUAGACAAUUUCAAAUUGAAAGCAGUAGUACUGAUUACAAAAGCGCAAGUGCAAAAAAUAACCUAGAGAAUAUGAACAACAAUAAUUCCGAAAUAGGUUUUCAAGAUAGUUCCCAAAUCGAUAAUAGUAGUUUUUAUAAAAAGUCACGCAAUAGUAUAGAUGUUUAUAAAAAAAGAAUUUUCGAGUCACGUAACGACCUCUCUACCCCUGUAUUAAAAACAGAAUCUUCAAAUCUAGAAGACUCACUCAAAAAAUCAUCAAAUGAGGAAAAGUAUAAUGAAGAAUUCCGCUCGUUGAAAAAAAAGAAAGAUGUCCGUUUCCAACCCAAAUGUGAUAAAAAGGAAAGUCUUAUUUCAUCGCAAAAACAGUCAAUUGAUACGAUUUCUGGUUCGUGUACUCGCAUGCAUUGUAAUAAUAAUCCUUUAAACCACCCCAAUCAGGGUAAAAGUGAAAUGUCAAAUAAGCAAGACGAUAGAUUUAUAUAUAGAGCUAAUUGUGUACCUAAGAAAAUUCAACAAUCAAUAAAUAAUACUGUUUCACCAAAUACAUCAAAUUAUUUAGUUAAAUCACAGUUGAAAAAUGACAAUAUGCCUCCAAAGGCUGAGAAAACAAACACUAAAGAAAAAAAGGAUUGUGGAACUCAAUUUGUAUCUACCCAGGAAACUCAAGAUUUCCGUAUUAAAGAUCAAAAAAUACCUGUGCUGGAAAAUACAACCAUUAGAGGCGGCGAUCAAAUGAAAAAUGCAUUUGAUAAUUAUCGCAAUAUGAAUCAACAAAAUAUUAAACUUGCGUCUAGAAUACCACAAAGAAAAGGCAAUUCGCAUUAUGAUAAUUCAAAUCUUCCACCUUCGCGACUUGAUGAAUACAUGGACUUAAACUCUCGUUUACCUUCGUUACAUGGCCGAUCAACUAAUACUCAUAAUACUUACACAGACAGUGUUCGUGAAAAUUUGCUAAAAAAAUUGAAUGAGAGUCAUUUAGCAUCACAUUGUGAUUAUUACAUCAGGCUUUUACAGCAAAAAGACAGUAAGAAAUCGUUAGAAAGAAUACGAAAAUUUUCUUCGAUACGUGAUCUCACAGAAAAGAAUUAUCGUGAUACUUUACAACAAUUAUAUGAUACAAUUAAUAAAGUGAAUGCAUGUUCAUUUAGAGAUUUAAAUAACUGUUGUAUAGGUAACGAUUCCAUUACAUCACCGUUAUCGAAUUCAACACAUUCAAAUACAUCAAUAAAUCAUAUACAUGAAAAACGUAAUGAAAAUUGA